AUGGCUCAUGAGGAGAAUACCUCGAGAUUAGGGCAUAUUAUUACAGAAGUAAAGAAGCAGUCGUGGCUAUUAGUGCCUAUAAUAGUUUCUGGAGUAUUGGAGAAAUUAAUACAGAUCAUCUCCCUCUCAUUUGUUGGCCAUCUUGGAGAUCUCCCCCUCUCUGCCGCUUCUAUGGCUGCUUCUAUUUCUGGGAUCACUGGCAUGAGUAUAUUGAUGGGAAUGUUAAAUGCAUUGGAUACCUUAUGCGGACAAGCAUAUGGGGCAAAAGAAUACCAUUUGCUCGGUAUAUAUUUGCAAAGAGCCAUGCUUCUCAAUGUUGUUACCUGCAUCCCUCUUGCUUUCGUUUGGCCUUUCGCUGGUAAAAUCCUCCAUGCAAUUGGUCAAAAUGAGGAGAUAUCAAUGGCUGCUCAAUUGUACAUUCGUUAUGUGUGGUUUUCUUCAAAAGUCAAGGAAACUUGGACUGGCUUCUCAAAGCAGGCUUCGCAAGAUUUCUCCAACACUAGUAAACUUGCAUUCACUUCUGCUUUAAUGAACUGCUUAGACUUUUGGUCAUUUGAAGUUAUUUUUCUUAUGUAUGGUUAUCUUCCUAAUCCAAAACUGGAAACGUCUGUCCUGGCAAUUUCCCAAAACACCUCUAUUCUCACGUACAUGAUCCCCGUUGGUAUUGGUGCUUCUCUAAGCACACGUGUUUCUAAUGAACUGGGUGCCGGAAAUCAACAAAAUGCUCGCUUUGCAAUAUAUAUUGCCGGAACAUUAGCAAUUUUGGAGGGUGUUACUAGAGGAUGUGGUUGGCAAAAACUCGGAGUUUUUGUUAACUUUAGUGCUUACUAUAUAGUUGGGCUCCCUUUUGCUGGUCUAUUUGCAUUUUAUUGGCAUCUUAAAGUGAAGGGCUUGUGGCUUGGAAUUAUGUGUGGCCUAUCUAUACAACUAUUUUUACUUCUUAUCAUCACUGUAUUUGCUGACUGGGAAAAAGUAGCAAGGAAGGCAGUGGAUAGAGUUAACAAGUCCACAGUGGCUACGGGCAGGAUAACAACCAUGAGUGAUAAUCCUCAAGCUGAUAAUUUCACUGAGAGAGGAAGUACAAGUGGCUGUGGGGGCAUGGUAACAGCAAUGAAUGAUAAUCCUCAAGCUGAUAAUUCAUUGAGCGAGGAAAUACAAGCUGAUAAUUCACUGUGCGAGGAAAUACAAUUAUCUAGUGAUUGUUACUAG